GGUAUUGAGUGAGAUUUUUGAGAAACGUGGCCAAAACAGGGCAAAGGAAGAAAUGAUUAAACAUAAAAAUAGUAAUGCACAAUGGAACGUGAAUUAGCAGAGAUGUGUGGUUCAACGUGGCUUCUGUCGUUCUCAGGUGACAAACUUCAUUUGACUCUGCGCGUCUCGGAGCUGUGCUCAGCAGUGAGUAUCAGCGGGUGGUGCAUGUGGUCCUCACAUGCAGCAGAACAGGUCAGCCUGACGGGAACAGGACGCAGGACGAUUUCCCCCGAGUGCCUCUUUAUCCUCUUAUUUUCGCUGUUACUGUCACGGAUGAAUGGAAUUAUUAUAUUUUCAAGUUGACAUGCGGCCGAGCGCGGGAGAGGGAAAUGACUAACACAACCGGCUUGGCGCCGGUGGGAGAAGGCAGCCGGGACGAGCUGCCGGCGUACCGAGCUUUAACGGGCUGCGUCCUGGCGCUUCUCAUCAUCUGGACGCUUUUGGGAAACUUUGCCGUGUGCGCAGCCGUUUACCGCUACCGGUACCUGCGCGCAAAAGUAACCAACAUCUUUAUCUUGUCGCUUGCGCUGUCGGAUCUCCUGGUCGCCGUGCUGGUGAUGCCGUGGAAAGCUGUUACUGAAGUGGCUGGAUACUGGCCGUUCGGAGGCUUCUGCAAGACCUGGCUGGCAUGCGAUAUCAUGUGCUCCACGGCCUCUAUCCUCAACCUGUGCGUCAUUAGUGUGGACCGAUACUGGGCGAUCUCCAGCCCGUUCCGCUACGAGAGGUGCAUGAACAAGAAGGUGGCUUCCGUGAUGAUCGGGGUGAUCUGGACGGUGUCCGUGGUCAUCUCUUUCGUGCCUGUGCAGCUUAACUGGCACCGGGCGGAAAUCAGUGACCCGAGUGGGGAGGACGUGACCCCCCGUGGCAAAAACAUCGAUGGGAGCUGUGACUCCAGCCUGAGCCGCACCUACGCCAUCUCCUCCUCCAUCAUCAGCUUCUACAUCCCCGUUGCGAUUAUGAUUGUCACAUACACCCGCAUCUACAGGAUAGCCCAACUGCAGAUCCGGAUGAUAUCCUCCUUGGAGCGCGCGGCGGAGCACGCGGAGAACUGCCGCUUGGAUGUACCCGAACUAUUCCCUGACCUGUGCACGGAAAUCCGUGCCAACUCGUGUCUGUCUCAGGCCAGUCUCCAUCCUGGAUCUCAGCGCACCAGCCAGUCACACAGUGAGCUCAAAGUCUCGUUUAGGAAAGAGACUAAAGUCCUCAAAACUCUGAGCAUUAUCAUGGGGGUCUUCGUCUGCUGCUGGUUGCCGUUUUUCAUCCUCAACUGCGCUCUGCCCUUCUGUCGCGGACCGGGCGCCCCGGGCCUUCACUGCGUCAGCGAACGAACCUUCGACGUCUUCGUUUGGAUCGGCUGGAGCAACUCUUCCCUCAACCCGAUCAUCUACGCGUUCAACGCGGACUUCAGGGACGCGUUCCUUCGCCUGCUGCGCUGCCGCGGAGGAGGCUGCCUGGGCACGGUGAGCGCAGCCGUGGAGACGAUGAUGGCGAGCAACGAGGCCGGAAACCAGCAGCGGGAGAGUCCGCUGAAGGUGAGGCCGAGCGUCUCCGCGAACACCAGGGGAAGCGAGGACAGCGGGAACACCACGGUGACCGUGGUUUAUCACAGGGGGGUAACAUCGGACCUGGUGCCAGACACCGAGGAGAGCAGAGACAAACUGAUGCAGAUACCCGCGUAAACGGCACAAUUUAAAAAAAUAUGCACCGUGAGGUCAGGGAGCGGGACACGUGUGAAAGGUGGCACACUGGAUUCUGCACACUAUAUCUGACUGCCUGUCAAACAACAAUAGGUUUCAGAAUAGAUAUGCUAUUUUUUAUAGUUUUACUUUUUAUUUUUUAAUCCAACAAAGGACUGAGUUGGGUGGUGCUGACUGUGACUGACCAAAACUCAGUUUAACCAUUUGAGUGAACUGAAUUAAUAUAAAAAUGAAUCAGUUUUUACUCAAAUUUUAAGGUUAAGUCUGGAACAUGUAUCACAGUUAAAGCCUUGAAUGAAGUUGGCUAUUGGGGCCAGAUUAGAUGUAAUAAAAUAUAA